AUGGCUUCAUCUGCCGCUGAACAAGCCCUUGAGAGAAAGGUCUACGUACGCGGUCCAAGUGGAAAUCCCGAGAAAUACAUUUCUGUUCAUGAGAUCGGAGAUGCUAUCCUAAAGGAAUAUAAGGCGGCCGAGGAUGCAUUUGAAGCGGCUUGUGCCAUCGAACGCGAUAGCUCUCCUAACGCAGAAAUCAUACGACGUAGACGCGCUCGUAGUGUACUCGAUGUUGCGGUCAAGGAAAAGUUUAUCAACCACGAGCCUUCAGAUCCAGAAAUUACGCGUCGUGAACAUAAUCGCCUCACAUAUACAUACACUCCCAUCGACCCUGCUGUAUUGAACAAUGGACGGGGCUGUUAG